GGCGGCGUCACCGCCCCCAAACAUCCGGGCACUUCGUCCCUUUAUCCGCGCGUGCGCACAGCGAACGUCUCCUUGGACGGGGCCCUGUGGAGGUUUUUUUUUAAAGUCUCUUUGCUUUAAAGUCGUCGUCAUCUUAAUCAACCAUGUACGCCUGCGCCAAGUUCGUCUCGACCCCGCUCCUGGUCCGUGCCGGAGCCCGAGCGGUCCUUCGGCCAAUCUCCGCGUCCUCCUUCACCCGGACAGACGUCAAGGGGGAGCAGGCGGGCUCCAUGGUGUCAGCGCCAUCCGGACUGGCGCUGGUGGCACGCCGUGACUUCCAGACGAGCGCGGUGUCGCGCGACAUCGACACGGCCGCCAAGUUCAUCGGCGCCGGCGCCGCCACGGUGGGGGUGGCCGGAUCGGGCGCCGGUAUCGGGACCGUCUUCGGCAGCCUCAUCAUUGGCUAUGCCAGAAACCCGUCUCUGAAGCAGCAGCUGUUCUCCUACGCCAUCCUGGGCUUCGCGUUGUCCGAGGCCAUGGGGCUCUUCUGUCUCAUGGUGGCUUUCCUCAUCCUGUUCGCCAUGUGAAGCUCCCCCUGGGUGGCGGCGGGUGGCGGUGGUGGGUGGAUGGGUGCACCUGAUGGCGAGAGGAGGGGGGAGAGGCGAGGAGGCAGCUGCGCUUGCACAACGUUGAAGAACUCCGCACACAAAACCCCUGUUCUAUUCCUUAUUUACGGUUUUUCCUCGAUUUUUUUUCUCACCGGCACCAAAGCUUCCCCGUUGGCCUGGCGGCUGUUGUAAACGCGGCCCUUCCCGUAGUUUCGAUUGAAUGAUUGUUGCAGACGUGCGAGCUUUCGGCUUGGUAGUAUCGUACGUUCAGAACAAAACGGACGACAUAUCUUGUACGUACACCGGUGGCUCUUAACCUUUGCAUGGUAUGGCGCUUACUCAGGCUACCUCGGCCACAAUACACGGACGGAUCUCACGUUCUGCGCCUCCAGUCAACGUGGUGUUUGUAAGCCAAUCGUUUCGGCCGCCGUGUAUCUGUGCGUCUCGUUGCGCUGACGUCGUCCCCGCCACUCCCACCACCCAUCGCGCGCAUUCAAAAUUGCUCUUGCACGGUGUCCAUGCCGCAGUCUGAAAGGCUUUCUCGAGCUUCCUCCGAGAAAGGGGGUGGGGUGGAGGGGGGUGGUCGGGGGCAUGCGACCCGCGGGUUUUGAACUGCUGUCUCGAAGAGAGGUGCGCCGUCCGAGGUGACUACUGAGCGGAAUCUUUUCCGAUUUUGAGUUUGGCUCCGCGUCGCUUCGUGGCACCGCGACGCGUGGGCGACUACAUAAAUUGCACCGUCCGCCUCGCGAAUGUGGCUGAUGGGGUGGGGGAUAACGGGGUGCAGUGAAAAUAAAAAAAAAAUUGUUUUUCGCGGGGAAAAAAAAUGUUAUCGAGUCGGGAUGAAGCUCUUCACGUCCGCGCGAUUGCGUCUGCCUCCAUGAGGAUGUGAGGGCGUUAAGGCCCUUGUCUCCGUGUACUGUACAGCUAAUUGGUCGGACUGCACUUGAAAUGUACGUUCAUUUCUAGAAACUGGUUUCUCGCCCAAAUAAAGGUAAUGUCCGGAACAAUG